GUAAAUCAUGUUGUUUUCAUUGGCUGUGUUGUAUAAUACUUUCGGCUCAAUUUAAUUAUGGUUACAUUGAACGUUCAGGGCGUGUUUUAGGCAUCAAGCCAUGCAUACAGAUCUUUCACCUCAUCUACAUUCUUUAGAAUGCAACCAAAUAAUUGAGGAACUUAAAAAGUGCCACUCUGAGAACGCGUUCGGCAAGUUUCUUGGUGUCUGCAACGGUAUUGACCAGCGAAUGGUUGCUUGCUUGCGAAAUGAGAGGAAAAUUAGACAACAAUUAAACAGGGAAAAAGCGCUUGAAAAGCAGCAUCGUGUUCAGCAACUCAUGAAACAACAAUCGCAAGAGUGA